AUGAAGAAGGCUCCCACCAUGAAGGCACGGCCAGGCCGGGUUGCACGCAAAGAAUACACACAAUACCAGGUGAUUUACACCAUCUGCCCCCGGGACCACCAUUUUUGUGGUUCCCCACGGCAAACCAGUGGGUUUCUCCCGGCAGUUUUGAGGCAACAGCUACUUCAACAAAGCUCUGUGAAGAGGAAAAGAAGAAAGCUCCUCGUACCCUCUCCUGCCAGCCGCGGCCCCAGCCCUCCCGUGGCCGCGGCCCCGGGCCCUUUCCCCCUGACAGCCCCCGGGACCCUCGCAUCGCGAGUUCCGAGCCGUACAGUUCGACCUGGACCCGGCUUCCUGCGUCCCCGGCGGCCUCACGGCGCCCCCGAAGGCGGAGACGGCCCAGGCAGGGGGAGGGGCGCACCGGGUCCGCAGGCCCCCAGGGCGGCCGCACGCCCCCUCCCGGCCCCGCAGCUUUCCCGCCUUCCCCAUUUGAACAGCUCCCGCCCGCCCUCCUCCUUCUGCCCGCUCCAGCCGCUUCCUGGGGGCGGCUGCGGCCGCUACUUCAGUCCCCGGCUCGGCCCCUGGGCUAGGCCGCGACGGGCCUGGGGCGCCUCAGAGGCGGUGUCGCGGGCCCAGGACGGCGGGUGGCGGGGGGGCGGGGCUGCUGCCGCCUCUGGGUGGGGGCCCAGCCCGGCCUCUUGGGGGCUCCGCUCGCCGCUACCUUCACUCGGCUCGCCCGGAUCCCGCCUCAGCGCCGCCGACUGCCGCCAUCUUGGAGAAGGAGAGAAAAGCGCGAGCGGCCAGGGAGCCUCAGUCGAGCCCAGAGCGCAGACUCAGGCUCCGGAGGGGGAAUCCCGUUCGACAAAGAGCGUCGAGCACAUCGAAUAAAACUCGGAGCUUGCUGAGCACCGGAGCUGGCGUUGGUUGAAAAUUUGCUAUGUGCCAGCCUUGCCCUGGAAGCUUACAAAUAUUUCGCUUAAUCCUCACUGUAUUCUUGUCGCAUUUUGCAGAAGAGAACCAGGCCGAGAGAAGUGACGUGCCCAAGGAUGCGCAGCAGAACAAAGUAGGAAGCUCAUCAAUGGAAGCUGCAAUUCCUCAGCUGUUCCUGUUAAUGAAGGAAAUGAACGCAGCCUGCCGCUCUCGGUCUGUACCAACCAGGCUUCUUGGUCAAGCAGAGGCACCAACUCUGUUUUUUUAGGGCAGGAAACAACAUGAAAUUCACUGGAAUAAUAUCAGAAGAACCCCACCUGCUCAGGAGUCUGGAGAUUGGCUUAGAAAAUUAACAGACGCUAAGACAGCAGCAUGGUGUCCAAGGCAGCAAGCACAAGAGCCCCGCUUUGUGGGCUCACAGGAGUGACGCGGCCACAGCGCUGCCCCACCACCUGCGGACGUCAUCUCUGCCGGCACAGGACUUGUCGCGCCCAUCUCUAUUCCCCUCUGGGGCGUUCCUGCUGCUCUCACUGGGAAUGGGUUCUGAGCACCCGGGGUUGGCCUUGCCUGCUCGGGAUUCAGGAUCCCACGUGGAAGCAGCCAGUUAGUCAGCCUAAGCCUUGUCUAGAGCCCUGGAUGUCAGGGGAAAACACUGUUUUUCCUUCCAUCCUCCAACCUGUCCUCGGUCACAUCCGAUGAAUCGUCAGCUUUGCUUAAGACAACUAGACCCUGUUUCUGUGGCUUGCAGCAGAUACUCACAGUAGAGUGGAAUUGCAUCAAAUGCGGAAAACGUGGUGGCAUUUUUACUAUAAGCGUCAGGGGCAAAAUGCUGAUGGAUCACUGAGGAAGUAAAUUGCUCAGUGCUGGAAAUCUUCAGUGAAAUGGAUGAAAAAUUGUGAAUUAGCCGAGAACUGAUGAAUAGUUGACAAAUGACACACAUUGUUCCCGAGUUAGGCAAGUCAGUGGCUGUGGCUCUGUUGACUUCUUCAGGAAGAAAUGGGUGAAUCAACUGAAUGUCAGGGGAACCUCAGCUGACGGGGAGUUACAGGGACUGAGGCAAGUCGUCUGCUCCAUGCUACACACACAAAAACUAAGUAGGCCUUAAGGCACUUUUUGAGUCACUCAGGAGAGGUUCUGCCAUGAUUUCGUGCAUCUUGUAUCUCUCGCCCCUGCUCUGGGCUCCAGCCAAGGUGUCCACAGGUUCUAUACAUGGAAAUAUAGAUAAUUAAUGCCCGCGGAGCAAGCCCAUCAAGAACAGGAGCAGUGGUUAGAGGCCUCCCUCUCCGCUCCCUGUAGGGGAAAAUUCUGAGGAUGCUCCUUGAAGCCUCCUCAGGAGGUCUCCAAUCACCCUAUCAAAUGCUUCUCCAGGCAUCCGUCUUUCAUUCUUCUCUGUAUCACUCCUCCCAGACCCCACGUCCUGCCGCUAGAAUCGCUUCCCAAACAUAUUCUCUGCAUGUGAGCUUUGCCUACGGCUCUCUCUUUCGGGGACCCCAGGCCACAGUUAGGCAGCAUGAAGGCCCUGGGCUUUUGUGCUAAAAGUAAUGGGAAGCCACCACAGAAUCGGAAGCAGGUGUUGAUGAAAUCUAUGUUCUUAAGGGCCAAUCUGGCCCAGGGUGGAGGAUGGGCUGGGAUAGCGGCAAAAGCUGUGUAACAGGGAAGACCAUUCUGGAAGCUCUUGCAGGAGUCUGGGCAAAAUGAGAGGGCACCCUGGAUAAGGGUGUUUGCAGACUGAAUGAGGGUGUUUGCUGUCUGGCUGUCUCUGUCCCUUUAUGUGUCAUGGACUUCCUUUUCAUUUUUGUUUUUUUUUUUUGAGACGGAGUUUCGCUCUUGUUACCCAGGCUGGAGGGCAAUAGCGCGAUCUCGGCUCACCACGAGCUCUGCCUCCUGGGUUCAAGAAAUUCUCCUACCUCAGCCUCCCGAGUAUCUGGGACUACAGGCAUGUGCCACCAUGCCCAGCUAAUUUUUGUACUUUUAGUAGAGACGGGGUUUCACCAUGUUGACCAGGAUGGUGUCGAUCUCUUAACCUCGUGAUCCACCUGCCUCAGCCUCCCAAAGUGCUGGGAUUACAGGGGUGAGCCACCGCACCCGGCCCCAGACUUUCUUUUAAUCUACACACAGGCUCCUCUGAUUUUAGUAGCCGCAUGUGACCCAUGUCACUCUCAGGCCCUGGCUGCUAGAUGGGGACCACACAUGGGCUCGGCCCAAGCCAGAUGUCUAUAAGCUUUUCCUGAGUGCCUCGGGGGGACACUGGGCACUGGGGUCUCAGAGUAAUGACGGGCCAGGAGAGCAAACAGAAGGGGCCGUGGAGACCUAGCUCCCUGAGACACUGGAAAAAGGAUCGUGAGGAAAGAAGGCAGGCACCUAGAGCCCGGGGGAGCCUCCAUCAGCACCACAAAGGUACAGGCAUCAGUCAGUGUUGCUUAAACCUGAAUCUCCAGAACGCAAGAGGGGAGAGCCAGGUAGACCUGAGCUCAUCAUCUCAUCCUGCCCCCUUUCCCAGCUGAUGAGCAAACGGAGGCGCAGAGACGCAGGAUCUCUUGACUGCAGGCUGGGUUAUCUUUUCAAUGCACCACGAAGUUACUUGACUUGUUGCUGGCAUCUGGUUUUGCUUUUAUUUUCCUUCACUAAUCAACUACUUUUCAAAUACGGCAUUUGGAGCUUCACUGGAAUGUCAUCGGCCCCUCAGCGUACCCUGUUCUUAAGGAGAACCAAGCACGUGUCAAAUCCUCGCACCGUCGGCUGACAUCACCACCAUCAGCUUUACCACUGUUAGGACAAAAACUUGAGACGGUAACUUGCCCCCAAAGUGGGAAAGGAGCCGUGAGACUGAGGAAUGACUCGAACAAGUCCAGCUUGGCCAGCAGGUGAGUUUAUUAGGACGUCCACACAGGGCGCUCAGCAGGACGGCUCUAGAGAUCCAUUCCGCCUUCGGUCUCCAAACUGCUUUUCAGUUGACUUUCCCGCUCUUUGCCUACCGUGUAUGAGCCACUUUUUCUUGUUGUCUCUCAUGUUCUCCAGGAUGUUUAGAUUCUCAGAGGCACCUGGUCCUCAGCUGGGGACCAUGGCCAUGGCUCAUUACCUGGCUUUCAGGGUUCAAGCAGGGGACAUACACCCUUAAAUAACCUAAAAGGGGACCCAUCACACUACAACCACCACCAAGAAGGCCCUGUCUAACUGAGACACACCCCGGAAGGACAAGGGGGAGUGGAUGCUGGAGAGACAGGGUGGGAGCCCAUUGCCAGGGAAAGGCUUCAUUCUUAGAAAAACAUUGAACGAAUGGGCAGGUCUGCAUUUUGGCUCUUUCUCUUCCUGGCCUCCUCAUUGGUUGUUCCUGCAUGCCUCCCCUCUAUUCCUCCCCCCAUGUACUCUUUAGCCUAAAGCAAACUGUUUCUUCCCAUUCCCCACACUAUCCAGUCCACUCUUUUCCCUGAUUCCAGGCUCCGGCGUUCCUGCCUUCUCUUUGGCACACUUGCCAUCUGCAUUAACCGCUCCCCUGCUGUGCUCAGCUACAGAAAUGCCAAAGUCCCUAACACUCAGUUCCAUUGACUUUGCCUCCCCCUCCUUAUCCCUCUAAUAAAAUGUGUGCAUUUUGUCCUGGCCUGUGUUCAGCUCGUCUCCCCUUGUGGCCACACUGCUCUGGAGUUCCCCACUACAUUAUAGGUUCAGAUGCCGAUAGAGCUGAGAGAGCACCUUUAGAUUUGCCUCUAGCAUCUGAGCCUGCUGCCUCAGCUGCUCCGCUGACUGUGAAUUUGCCCCCUCAAGCAAGUGCUUUGACUUGUACACAAGGUUGACCACCUCCAGCACGAGCAGGAUGCCUGUAGAGGCUGUAUUACCAUCCGGCCUCCUCUGCCUGCCAGCCAGUUGGUGGGUCCACUUGUUAAGACUAAAUCAGCACUAUUUUGAGCUGAGGUUUGCCUAGGGUGUUGGGCACCGGCUCUGGCUCCCCUCAUGGCACGGACCUGCUCCCCAAUGACUUCUGUGGCUAUAUAAAAAUCAGUAACGCGGGAACGCGAGUUGGGUGUCAUUUCAUGCAUAAGUUCACUAAAUUCUUUCAGUUUGUCAAUGCUGGUCCCAGACAGCCUGCUGGCUUCGGCUUGUGCUGAUGAUGUGUGUGAGUGCUCCACGGCGUUGGUGAUGAACCUAGCCACAACAGACAGUGUUCCCAGCCCUGCCCCAGCUGCAGUGAGGGCCAGACUCGUCCCUCCUGUAAAUGGUGCCAAAACAAGGCCGAGAAUAGACAUGAUGCCAGAGGCAGUGCCAGUGGUGGAGGACACCACAUUGGAGAUGGUGGAGUCUCUGUGGACCUUUGCAAUCCUAUCUGCAAGGGCAUAAAUCUCCCUUAUGGACUCCUGAAUAUCCCUUCGGAGUCGAGGAAAAUUUUUCAAAAACCACUCUCUAAACUGCCGGUCUUUUUGCCUCUUGUCUUUGUCGUCAAUAUCCUCAUGUGUUGUAAGUGUCUUCAGAGCUUCAUAGAGAGCAUCUGCUUCAUCUCUGUACCGAUAAAGGACAGAUGAUUAAGAAAGGCAGCUACUUAUCUGUAAAAUGAGCUCAAUAAGAUCCAUUCUACCUCAAUCACAGAACUGUUACUGGAAGUCAAAUGGAAAUAAAGUUUUAAAAUAUAAAUAA